AUGACAGAAUUGAUUAAGGUGUUUGUCUAUGGGACCUUGAAAAAGGGAUUUGCAAAUCAUUACUUCAUGCAGAACAGGAGAAACGGAGUGGCACAUUUUAUAACUACUGGACAUACCAAGGAUGCCUUUCCACUUGUAGUAGGGACUGAUGCAUCCAUUCCUUUUAUGCUUCCAGUAAAAAAUCAGGGAAAGGUAAGUUGGAGACAUUUAGUAUCAAUAUCAGUCUAGGCUCAAUUACCUGGCACUAUUCAGGAAUAUGAGCCCCUACUCCUCCCCUCAAACCCAGGGGAGGAGCAAAGACCAGACAGGGAGAGUGGCAGAAAUCGAGCCUUUAUCUGACUAUAAUAAAAGUUACUGCAGCGCUGUAGAGGGGGGGAACUGAACUUCUCAAAAAUUGAAACUAAUCACCCUAUCUCUGGCUGAAAUGGCUUAAGACAAUAACUUUGUUAAAAAGGUGGUUGUCCAAACACAAAACACUGUUCAUCACUCACAGUGUAUCAGUGGUAAUAAUCAAAGUGGUUCAAAAAGUAUUUGGUAGCUGUUUCACUCUUUAACCCUUUACACCCUAAGGUCAUUGUGCAUAUUCUCUAUAUUGUUCUCAGUACAUUUUUUUAAGGUGCUGAUAAGGAGAAUUUGUUUAACAAUCAAGAGCUUCCUUAGUUCAUGAUCAUUUCUUUUAUUCUCACAACCUUAAUGUGGUGAUUCACAGAUGAUAUUGUAAGGAGAAAUUAGAUGAUAGUCACUCCUAGUGAUUAAAGGGUUAAAAGAUCCAAUAUAAUAAUGUUUUCAGUUUUAUUUUUCAUUUGAUGUACCCAAUCCUCUUUUCCAAAUGAGGAUUUAGAAUAGUGGGUGUUUCCUAUACACAGUUUUCAUAUUUCAGGCUGUAGUGGGCUAUGGCAAAAUAAUAAAUACUUCAAUUAAAGACCUUGUUUCUUUCUAGGGAGUUGGAUAAUCAUUUACCUUAAUUAUUUCUUGACCAAAGAUGGUUUGUUUUAUCUUUUACAAAUUAGCAAGUCCGUGGUGAGGUAUAUGAAGUGGAUGAGAAUGUUUUGAGUGAACUGGACGAUCUAGAAAAUCACCCAACAUGGUAUGAGCGUUCAAAAUGUGACAUUAUUACAACCCAAGGAGCAACAGGAAUUCAAGUAGGAGAUAUUGUACCAUGCUUUGCCUACUUUUUAACUGACUUCAAAGAGUCAUUUUUAUCUCAAGAUUUUCUUAGUGAAUACACCCUGGAGUGUAACCAGGCACACAUUGAAUCUGACAAAAGAUCCUUGCCCUGUGAUGUGAUUAUCCAGUCCCAAAGAAAAUGACCAGGAAUUAACUUAUCAAUGGUUCUGCAUUUAAUGGCUCAUUUAAAGACUUGCAAUUCAAGACUAGUCGAAAGACACGUGUUAGAACAACUCUUCACCAACAGAAAAAACAUAGUAUGUCCUCUCUACUUGUACAAAUGAUACUGGUCUUCAGAUUAAAUCUCUGGAAAAGGAACAACUUCCUCACAGUAUAGAUCUGUCAAGACUAAAGCAAAGUAUUGGAUGUCAACAUUACUUUAAGAGUAAAUUUUAUCAAGGCUUCUUUUACAAGCUACAAAUACAAUACAAUUCUCAUAAAGAAAAUUAAUAUUUUGAACACACUUUGUGUUACUGAAUAUGCUAUACAAUCCUAUUUCACUUUAUAAUAGUUUAAAACUCCUUUUUCAUUUAUCUAAGUUUUGAAAAGCCAC